AUGCAGUCUGUACGGCAAGUUCAGCGCCUAAACGAUCUGGAACUCGAGAAAGUCGUCCAGCCCAACGCAUCCUGGCACACAGACUACCGCGACACAGCCUACAUCUACAUCGGCGGCCUGCCCUUUGAAUUAUCCGAGGGCGACGUCUUAACAAUCUUCAAUCAAUAUGGAAACCCGGUGCACAUCAACUUGGUCCGCGACAAGGAAACAGGCAAGAGUCGCGGCUUCUGCUUCCUGAAGUACGAAGACCAACGAAGCUGCGAUCUGGCUGUGGACAAUUUGAGUGGUGCAGGAGUAAUGGGCAGGGUGAUCAGUGUUGAUCAUACGCGGUACACGAAGAAGGAAGGUGAGAUCGAGGGCAUUGGCGAUGAGCAGGACGACGAAGCAGAUGUCACGGAUCGCGAGGGUGACGGGAGGAGGAAGAGGAGAAGGACGGAAAGUGUUAGUGAGAGUGAACAGGAGAGGCCAGUGAUCAAGGAAGAGGUUGAGCUUGCGAAGCUGAAGAGGGAGAUGGACGAUGAUGAUCCCAUGAAAGCGUAUCUGGUCAAGGAGAAGCAGAAGGAGGUUGACGAGGCUUUGAAGGCUGUUGUGAAGAGGAAGGAGAAGGACAGACGGAGUGGGAGAGAGCAUAAGCACAAGCACCACCAUCGAUCGCGGCGGAAUCAAGACGACGAGGAUGGCGAGCGGAGUAGGCAUAGACCACGACGUGACAAGGAUGGUGGCAAUGAGAAGGACUCCCGGCAUCGCGAUCCAAGAAGAGAACGAUCUGAGUCGCCUCGAUUCGACGAGGACGAUCGCCGAAGACAUCGUGCACGGCAUGAGCGAGACGAAAGAGAUGGCAGAGGUCGUGACUGA